CCUUCUUUUGACCCUAUAAAUACUGAAGCCCAAACUUUACUUCAACCCACUCAUUCCCUCCAUCAAAUUCAACCAAGAGCUAGCUAGCAUCAAUGGCAGAAGCUGGUCGUUUCCUUUGCACUUUUCUUUUGAUUCUCUUCACCAUUAACGUUCUGUCCUCUUUAAGUGUCCCUGCAAUGGCGGCCGGCCGUGGCAUCCCCAACGAGGCGUCUAAGAAUGUGGACAAAAAACUCCAUCCUGAGUUUCUCCACGGUUACGAUGGAACCGUCUUGAUUCCCGGCUUCGGCCGCGUAGUCAUCCCGCCCAAGGGUGAGAUAGUGGACCCGUUCAACUACAACCCCAUCACCGGCAAGAGUGGCGGCGGAACUGGCGCCAUCAACCCCUUCGAUGGCAUUAUAGGCGGCGGCUCCGGCUAUGUUCCCGGCGGAGAUGACACUCUCCUCCCUAACCCGGGCGUGGAGGUACCCAACCCGCCUGUAGCAGCUGGCGGCGGCGAUGAUGCUGGCAGCCUCUCUCCUCCAGCUCGUCACUGAUGAGUGAUGAAUGGAAGUGAUCGAAGAUGAUUUGAUAUAUACGGAUCGGAGUAUACUAUUAGAACGUACGUAUAGUAUGAAGUGGUGAAUAAGAAGCUGUUGUAGAAGCUUAGCGUAAUUAAUAAUUAAUGGCAUGCAGAUUUAAUUUGAAGGUGUCUUCGCCUGGCUGGAUUAUUUAUCUUAGGAAUCAUCGAUUUCUUGCAACUGUCGAUCAUAUUCUGUACUUUAAUUUGUUAGAGGUUACUUAUGUCCUUGUCGUGGACUCGUGGUAUUUAAUUACGGACUACUCCCUCCGUCCCAUUUAUUUUGUCUCGUUUUACCUUUUCGGGAAGUCCCACUUAUAUUGUCUCAAACCAUAUUUGGCAAAGUUUGUGUGGCUCUAAAUCAUUCUUACUUUAUUCUUACUUUAUCAAUUAAUAUCAACCACACAAAUCCACUUUUCUUAAUAACCAUGUCACCCUCUUCCGGGACAAUAUAAAUGGGACGGAGGGAGUAUGAUGUAGUUACAUUGUUUUAAUUUGAUUCAUGCAGUCUUGUAUCGAUCUGGCCAUCUGGGGUUACUAUACGUUCCACUAGUCUUCCCUCAGUGGCUCAGUCAACUACCAAGUCAAGUGGUGUUAUGUCAUUAAUUAGUUUAUACGAUAGUAUAUCUAAAUACCAAUAAUACAGUCAUAAACAGUUCUUUUCUACUUUUGGGCCAACGUUAAUUAGACAGUUGCCAAUUUUAGAUUCAAUAAAUUUCAUUACAUCUAA